AUGGUGAGCCAGGGCGUCCAGUGGCUUUCCUGGGCGGAGCGGCAAGCACAAGCCAACAAGUCUGCGCCGAAUGAUCGUCAACUUCCCUCGAGCGCACGCAACUAUCAUGGCGGCAAGACCAUCCAUGAUGGUCAGAUUUGGCGCGCCGUAGGCAAGGAACACGCCGGCAAGUCAAUGGUCGGUGACGUGAUUGUACCCAACCCGCGCAAAGUCUAUGCGGUCAAAUCAGUGCUUAAUGGCGUGGUUGUGCCCAACCCGCAAGCUGUCAACCCCUCCGCAUAUCCAACAGUUCCUACCGUCCGCAAGAAGCCGGCGGCUGCCAAUCAUUCAGAAGGCAUCAAGAGGGCCCCUAGAAAGCAGAGCAAACGGUCUCACGCCGCGAAUGUCAACAACCCACCAGCCAUUGUCAACUCGCCAAUUACAACGACCAAGGAGCCCGGUCUCGUCUGGAACUACGAGAUGAGAUAUACCGUUCACCUGCUGUUCAGCUAUUCGAUUACCACCAAGCAAAGGCAAUUGCUGUUCAACGACGUCUUCCAAGCUGACAUUGCGAAAUGCGGCUUCAAAGAACCGUUUCCCUACUCCCGAAUCGGCCAGCAGAACGGAGAGGGAAGUCGCCCAGACCGGCAGCAGAAGGAUUGA